AUGCAACUCCCCGAAAAAACAAAAACAUCUCCCAAAUGUUCUUUGGCACUGGAAACAAACAUCAACAGAGAUCCAUUCGAAAGCCCCAACAGAUUUCAAAUUUUUGAAAGUGAAAGUGACGAAGAGCUGAUUUCCCCUGUUUCUAGUCCAUCUCCGCCAAAAAGUCAACCCAAACCGAAAAGACGAAAGAUUGUUAGAGUUUCAACUGAAGAGCCUAUUUCCCCACCUCAAACUCCAGAGCCGACAUCUCCCUUCAGACCAAACAGUAAUACAACUUCACCUGCUACUCAACAUACCCAACCAAUACCAUCUCCCGAAGCUGAGUCCGAGUGUCCCUCAAACUGUUUACCAAAUUCAGGACAUUUCAUGCACAAUAACGAAGUUUUAGACAAUCUCUUGAAAAACCCCAAACCACUGAAUUCAAUUCCAGUUGGUACCAAAAACAAUGUUUUCUUUGUAGUUGACAAUUCUCGAAACACUAACAAGUCCAAAUCAGACUUUCCUGAUGAUCGUGGUGUAUG